CACCUACACAUCCCAAUGCGAAAUUUGUCUUCAUUCGAGCUUCCUUUUUGCAAAUAAUAACAAACAAAUCAGCUACCAUACCUACCCCUCGAAUCUGUUCCCUCAGCGCACCAUUACUGCUUUCCUUGAAUAUACGCUACUCUCAUUAACAUUGCUUCUGCUCCAUUUCUCUACCUCCAAAUUCCAGCCCCACUUUGUACUUCUACCCUUCCAUUUUGGAAAUCUAUAUCUAGUCUGCCAUUGUUGGUUUGUUUCUUCUACGUCUUGUUGUUGGCAGUGUUGCUGUCUGCCACUCUCCCAUCUUUAACUGAGCCGCUCAAUGUUCAAAGAUGUAGGCUUUUAUGCGUAAUCUUUCCGUCUCCUUCAAUUCAUUGUUUUUCUCAGCAAUGUUCAAUUGUUUAUUUCUUGUUUGACUUGCUUUGGUUUGCAUUUUGUAAAAAUGGGUUCCUUAAUUUUGGCGAUUCUUGAAAUUUGGAAGUUCGAUUUACCAAGACUCUCCUACUGGUUAGUGUUAGUAGCCAUUGAAUUCUUCAAUGCAAGUCUUUCGAGCUUUUAGCUUUGCAACUUGCAAAACUAGCACUGACUUCCACUCUUCGUUCGUAGUCCAAUUUGUUACACUGUCUCUGUCUUUCUCUCUUUGAGAUUUUUCAGAGCUGGGUCUGUUUCAGAAGGAAUGCAGGCAAUCUGUUUGACAAUGUUGUUUUUGGUAGUAAUUGCAUAUGGACAAUCAGACAUUGAAGCACUCUUGGAGCUCAAGAAGGGCUUUGUAAAUGAGCCCUCUGGGCAAGUCCUUGUUUCAUGGGAUUCUAAAUCCUUGGAUUCUAAUGGGUGCCCUCAGAAUUGGUACGGGAUUGCUUGUAAUGGUGGUCGAGUGACCUCAGUCACUGUUAAUGAUGUGGGCCUAGCCGGUGAGUUUAGGUUCUCAGCUAUUACAGGCCUUAGCAUGCUUAGCAGCUUAUCAAUUUCGAACAACCAGUUGACAGGGACAAUAUCCAAGAUCGAUACACUUCAGUCUCUUCAAAAUUUGGAUCUCUCAUGCAAUCUGUUUCAUGGGUCUAUACCCCCUGGAUUAGUCAAAUUGAAGAAGUUAGCACAACUGAAUCUUUCUUCAAACCAAUUCGAAGGCAAUGUUCCUGAUGGUUUUGGCAAACUCCAACAGCUGAAGUAUUUAGACUUGGGGGGAAAUGAUUUCUCUGGGGAUAUUAUGCAUCUUCUGUCCCAAAUAGGUAGUGUGGUUCACGUUGACCUAAGCAGCAACCGGUUUUUUGGUUCUCUGGAUCUGGGACUCGGAAGCUCUUCUUUCAUUUCCACGAUUCGAUAUUUAAAUAUUAGCCACAAUCACUUGGUUGGAGAGCCCUUUGCUCACGACGGAAUGCCAUAUUUUGACAGUUUAGAAGUGUUCGAUGCUAGUGAUAAUCAGCUGGUGGGAACUGUACCUUCGUUUAAUUUUGUGUUCUCUCUACGGAUUCUUAGGCUUGGAAACAAUCAGUUAAGAGGGUCUCUACCCGAAGCACUUUUGCAGGAGAGCUCAAUGAUUUUGUCUGAAUUGGAUCUUAGUCUUAACCAGCUCGAAGGUCCCGUAGGAAGUAUCACUUCUGCAAAUUUAAAGAAGCUUAACUUAUCUUCAAACAAGCUGUCAGGAUCCUUACCUGCCCAGGUAGGGCACUGUGCCAUCAUAGACCUGAGUAAUAACAUGCUCUCUGGUAGCUUGUCCAGAGUCCAAGGUUGGGGAAACUAUGUGGAAGUCAUUCGGUUAAGUUCAAAUUCAUUGUCAGGAAGCUUACCAAACCAAACUUCUCAAUUCUUAAGGCUGACUUCGCUUGAGAUAUCGAAAAACUCAUUAGUGGGUGCUCUCCCACCAGUAUUGGGUACAUAUCCAGAACUUAAAGUGAUCGAUCUUAGCUUCAACCAGCUUAAUGGGAUCCUCCUUCCAAGCCUUUUCACCUCAACCAAACUGGCUAACCUUAACCUGUCAGGCAACAAUUUCUCUGGGUCAAUACCGUUUCAAAAAAUUGGAAAUAUCACUUCCAUAGAUUCUGUCAAAGACUUCAGCUUGAUGUCUCUUGAUCUGUCUAAUAAUUCGUUGAGUGGAUAUUUGCCUCUAGGGAUAAGUAAGUUUCAUAACUUGGUGUAUCUUGACCUAUCUCAUAACAAUUUGGAAGGUAGCAUUCCUGAUGACCUUCCGGGUAACUUGCAAGGUUUCAAUGUGUCUUUCAAUAAUUUUUCUGGAGUUGUACCUGAAAACCUAAAGCGGUUCCCUGAUUCAGCAUUCCAUCCAGGAAAUAAUUUGCUCAUCUUUCCUUAUUCUCAAUCAUCUCCAAGAGAUGUCACAAACAGGACUCCAAGUGAAGCCGGGUCUCAUAUGAAAAGUGUUAUUAGAAUUGCCCUGAUUGCAGGCUUAGUUGGUGGCACUGCUGUGAUAUGUCUUUUGUGCAUAUUGAUCUAUUCCAGAACUCACUGGCAGGAACAUACGAGGUCAAGUUCAAAAGAAGAUGAUGCUAAGAUAGGUAUUUCAGAAGGGAGUUCCUCCAUCUCUCAUAGAUCAAGACCCAACAAAAAUGUGGACCCAUCAUUAUCUUCACUUGCAUUUGAUCAAGAUAUUUUUACAUCAUCCCAAUUGGGAUCUGGUAAUGAUGUUGGGGAAACUUCAUCAGUUUUAAGGAAGCACAAGGAUGUUGGCCAUUUAGAAUCAGUGAAAAAAGGGGACGGAAUAUCUCCUCCUAUGUCCCUCUUGUCAUCUUCAAACCCAUCACCUUCUAAAAAGCAACUACCUGAUAAUCCUGGUGUGUUCAAUGUUGUUUGUUCUCCCGAAAAAUUAGCUGGGGAUUUGCAUCUCUUUGAUGGUUCCUUUCUAUUCACAGCAGAAGAACUUUCGCGUGCUCCGGCAGAAGUAAUUGGGAAUAGUUGUCAUGGAACAUUGUAUAAAGCUACACUUGACUCUGGCAAUGUAUUGGCAGUUAAAUGGUUACGGGAGGGAAUAGUAAAAGGACGGAAGGAAUUUGCAAGGGAAGUAAAGAAACUUGGGAACAUCAAACAUCCAAAUUUAGUUUCUCUGCAGGGUUACUACUGGGGCCCAAAGGAGCAUGAGAAGCUGAUUAUAUCCAAUUAUUUCAACGCUCAAUCUCUUGCACUCUAUCUUCAUGAGAUGGGGCCAAGAAACCGGCCACCCUUGUCUCUUAGUGAGCGGCUUAGGGUUGCUGUAGAUGUGGCCCGAUGUCUGAGCUACCUGCAUAACGAGAAGGCAAUACCUCAUGGAAACCUCAAAUCCACCAACAUUUUGUUAGAAACUCCUACUCUAAAUGUGCUUGUUGCUGAUUACAGCCUGCACCGAAUACUAACUCCAACUGGGACUGCCGAGCAAGUUCUGAAUGCAGGUGCGCUUGGCUACAGCCCUCCUGAGUUUGCUAGCUCAAGUAAGCCAUGCCCAUCAUUAACGAGUGAUGUCUAUGCAUUUGGGGUUAUCUUGUUGGAGCUUCUGACCGGUAGAAGUUCAGGGGAGAUUGUUUCUGGGAUCCCAGGUGUAGUUGAUCUGACUGACUGGGUGAGGUUAUUGGCAGCUGAGAAUCGUUCUGGUGAGUGCUUUGACAGGCUGAUUCUGGACAGGAACAGAGUGGAGCACCAACCUAGAGGUCUUGAUCAUAUGUUACAGGUGGCUCUAAGAUGCAUCCUUCCUGCAUCUGAGAGGCCCGACAUGAAAAGAGUUUUUGAAGAUCUCUUAAUGUUAGUCUAGUGAAUGAUAUCACCAGGAACAGAAGCUCUAUUGCCUCUUUCAUUCUUUAACUUCUUUUGCCAAUUAUUUCUGUUAAUGACAAUUCUAGAUAGAAAUUGUAACUGCUUGAACGUAGGAAAUAAAGUUGGGUUAAUCAUUCUUUCCAAACUCUUACUUGGGAAUGUAAUUUGACUCUGAAUUCUGGUGUGAUUUUGUUAAGGAGACUGCCUUGCGAGAGGUGUUAGUGA